AUACCAGAGUUUCAAAAGUUUGAGAAGCGGCAAGUAAAACUGCGUUGGGGAGUGAAUCCGCCGGCCCGGCGCCUUCCCCUCGCAAGUGGGCGUGGUAAUCUGGCAGCCACACCCAAUCAGGGUAGGUGGAACGAGCAUCUGAGGCUGGAGCCGCGGUUCCCUGGACACGCACAAGCGUCCCAAGAGCGUCGGGGUGGCAGCUUUUCCUCCGCUCCGCACCCUGGAGACAUGGACACGGGCAAUUCGCUGCUCUUGCAACCGCCCAGACUGGGUGCCACGUCGCCCCCAGCGCUCGCUUCGCCGGUCCUGCCCGUGCCCUCGAGGGUCCCUAUGCCGCCCUCCUUCCUCCGCCCGCCCAACCUCUUCAUGCGCGCGGCGGCGGCUGCUGCCGCGGCGGUGGCGGCCACCACCACAAGUAACAACAGCACCAGCUGCUACUCGCCAGCGGCGGCGGGUCUGGAGCGCGGAGUGUGCUACCCGCGCACGCCCAAGUGCGCGCGCUGCCGUAACCACGGCGUCGUGUCGGCGCUGAAAGGCCACAAGCGCUUCUGCCGGUGGCGGGACUGUGCGUGCGCCAAGUGCGCCCUGAUCGCUGAGCGGCAGCGCGUUAUGGCCGCCCAGGUGGCGCUCCGCAGGCAGCAGGCGCAGGAGGAGAGCGAAGCCAGCGGCAACCAGCAACACCACCAGCCCGCACCUGGUCGCCUGAACGGAGAGCCGACGUUGAGCCUGGUGGCGGGCGGCGCAAGCGCAGGAGCGAAGCCCUGCCCGGAGUUCCAGAGCGGGAGAAGAGAAGAGAAGAUUCAGAAGUAUGAUUUCCAUUGCAGUAAAAAAGACAGUGCCAAAGCCUAUUUACAAACACCCUCCCUGAGGUGCUCUCCUGAGGCUACUGGGGUUAAUGGAGGGCACAGAGAGAAGCCAUCUGGCAUACAGAUUUCAGGUAAAGAGAGACCCAUUCGUCCUUCUGGUCCUGAGGAGCCACUGGAAGGCACUGACAGUUCAGCAUCUCUGUCAUCUUCAGACAUGGAAUCAGGAAAUGAAAGUGAAUGUCUCAGGGAUUUUGUUGUCUCCAAUAGCAGCGUUCCUCCUUCUCCUCCUGCUUCAAGACGGAGGGACCCACUCGAUAUUCUUACCAAGAUUUUUCCCAGUCACAAACAGAAUAGAUUAGAGAGGAUUCUGCAGUUCUGCAGAGGCGAUGUAAUCCAAGCUAUAGAGCAGGUAUUGAAUGUGAAUGAACACAAACAAGAAUUCCAAACUCUUGCAAUCCCACCCUUACCAGAAUACAGUGCUUUCCAACGAUCAUCUGAUUUUAGUCUCAUAGGAGUAGAUAUCAGAGCACUUGGCAAUAAAUCAGCAUUUUCCCCUCUUCAGAGCAAUUCAGCUUCCUUUGGAAGUGAGGUAAAUCUUUAUGGUCUAAGCCCUAGAUUGGGAAUCAGACCUCUGAGAGUGGCUUACUCCCCUCCAGGAAGAGCCUUAUCUAGAUUUAUGUCACCCUGCUUAAGAUCUGGGCUAUUUCCUACUUUGCCUUUUCACCCAGCUAUGGACUGUUCCUUUUCAGGAGUGAUCAAGGAUGUGUCCUAUUUCCCCACUAAAGACAUGGUUGCUGGUAGCAAGAUUUAUGCUGGGCUAAAUGAUGAAAACAAAUAGCAUUUUGACAACGUCUUCAUUUUCUAGUGUAUUUAAGUGGGUUGACACUAAUAGUAUUAGAUUCCAAGUCUCAAAAAUAAAGUCCACUAAUAACAUGAAGCUUCUAAACAUUUUUUUUUUAAAAAAAAGGUUUUGAUGAGAUUCUUCAUUUUGAUGUAGGACAAUUUGAAAAGUAAUAUAAUUUUUUUUAAAAAAAUAAUAAUCAAAAUAUCCACAGUGAAGAGCUCAUUAAAAUUGGGACCGAUUUUGAAGAUAGCGUUUUUAUACAUGUGUUUAAUGUCAUGGGUGUUUUUUGAGGGGGGAAUGGCAGCAGUUGUAAAUAAAAAUCCAAGUUGAAAUGUUCAUUAUGUGGAAGAAAUCCAAUAAAUAAUAACUUUUGAGCUCCCUAUUUUCUGUUCCAAUAUAUUUGAUAUGUACAUUGUUUUUAAUGUGUACACUGAUAUUUGAAAAGAAGGGACAGCUUUUUAAAUAGGGAGACCUAAUGAAAAGUAUGUUUUAAAUAUAUGGCGCUGGAUCCAAAGCAGCAUAAGUGGAUGUUCUAACUAAAUAAGGAAAUUGAUACAUAAGCAUCUUUUUUGGAAGUUAGGCUGAGGGCCAUGGAUCCUGAAUCCCAGUCAAUAAAAGUUGAAAGAAUGUGUUGAAUGA